GAAACCGUUCGCCCGCUGGAACUUGCAGCCUACAGUAUAUCGUGUGCUUCACUACUUAUAACUCCCCUUUCACCUGCUCCAAAGCUCUCCUUUUCUUCUCACCUGUAUUCUUCUUUUUCCUCCUCCAUUACUCUCUCUUGAUUCCCCCCCACGCCAUAGCUCUCUCUUAUUUUCUGAGUGCACCUCACCUUUACUUUGCUGUCCCACUUUCCUCUAAUAAUACUUACCCCUCCUAUUUCACAUUAUCACCAUGUCUGCCCGUCCUCAGAACAUCGGUAUCAAGGCCAUUGAGGUCUACUUCCCUCGCCAGUGUGUCGACCAGGCUGAACUCGAGAAGUUCGAUGGCGUGAGUGAAGGCAAAUACACAAUUGGUCUCGGCCAGACCAAGAUGAGCUUCUGUGAUGACCGUGAAGACAUCUACUCCGUUGCUCUGACCACCUUCUCCUCCCUCAUGCGCAAGUACAACAUCGACCCUAACUCCAUUGGUCGCCUCGAGGUCGGUACCGAGACCCUUUUGGAUAAGUCCAAGUCCGUCAAGUCCGUCCUGAUGCAGCUCCUGGCUCCUCACGGAAACACCAACGUCGAGGGUGUCGACAACGUCAAUGCUUGCUAUGGUGGAACCAAUGCCGUCUUCAACAGCAUCAACUGGCUCGAGUCCUCUGCCUGGGAUGGCAGAGAUGCCGUUGUGGUGUGCGGUGACAUUGCCUUGUACGCUGAGGGAGCUGCUCGCCCUACUGGCGGUGCUGGCUGCGUGGCCAUGCUGAUCGGUCCCGACGCUCCUAUCGUGUUCGAGCCUGGUCUUCGUGCUUCCUACGUCACUCAUGCCUACGACUUCUACAAGCCCGACUUGACCAGUGAGUACCCGGUAGUGGACGGCCACUUCUCCCUCAGAUGUUACACUGAGGCUGUCGACGCCUGCUACAAGGCCUACAACGCUCGCGAGAAGACCUUGAAGGAAAAGAUCCAGAACGGCACCAACGGUACCGCCCAGGACGAGACCAAGACUGGCUUGGACCGCUUUGACUACCUCUGCUACCACGCACCUACCUGCAAGCUGGUGCAGAAGUCCUUCGCUCGUAUGCUCUACAACGACUAUCUCACGAACCCCACCCACACUGCUUUCACCGAAGUUGCUCCUGAGCUGCGUGACUUGGACUACGCCACCUCUCUCACCGAUAAGAACGUGGAGAAGACCUUCAUGGGCCUGACCAAGAAGCGCUUUGCUGAGCGCGUGAAGCCUGCUCUUGAGAUUGCCACUCUGUGUGGUAACAUGUACACUGCCACUGUCUGGGCUGGUCUGGCUAGCUUGAUCUCCCACGUCACCUUCGACCCUAGUCAGCCCAAGCGCAUCGGUCUCUUCUCGUACGGCAGUGGACUUGCCAGCUCCCUGCUCAGUGUGAAGAUCGUUGGAGAUGUCUCCAACAUGGUUGAGAAACUUAACCUCAAGGACCGUCUCAGCGCCAGAACCGUCUUGCCUCCUCAGGCCUAUGUUGAUAUGUGUGCCCUCCGUGAGCACGCUCACUUGAAGAAGAACUUUAAGCCUUCUGGCAACACGGAGACGCUCUUCCCCGGUACCUACUACCUUACUGAGGUGGAUGAUAUGUUCCGCCGCAAGUACGACGUCAAGGCGUAAAUGAUGACGAGCACAUGAUGGACUUGCUUUCGACCUUUCUUCUUUGGACAUGACCAGUUGCUUAGACGGUUUUACUAGAUUCCCUUCAGCAUGCGUGUUGUUUAUGUGUUGUUCCGCCUUAAUAGAGCUCGGAUGCAGCGGGAUGCUCCUUCAGGUCUCCGGAUCUGAUUUUCCUCUGCGUCUUUUCUUGGGUUUUAAUGUUUCAUAUCUUGUUCAUUUUUCCUCCCAGUGAGGAAACUUUCUUGUCCAGACGGGGGCUGGAACGCAGUUAUAUAAGGCGAUGACCAAUUGCUUCCGACUCUUGGGAGACUUUCAAGGACAAUGAUAAUAAUAUAGCUAAUCAAGACACUUGAC